AUGUGGUUUGGAAAGAAGGGAAAGUUAAGCCCAAGGUUUAUAGGCCCUUUCGAGAUUUUAGAUAGAGUUGGGGCUGUGACUUAUAGGAUAGCUCUACCAUCAAACCUUGCCGUCGUUCACAACGUGUUCCACGUAUCUAUGCUGCGAAGGUACACCCCAUACCCUACUCAUGUUAUUGAACAUGAAACCCUUCCUCUUCGGGAAGAUCUGUCCUACGAGGAAAGACCCAGUAGAAUCCUGGCAAGAGACACUAAGCGACUGUGCAACAAAGUUAUCCCCUUGGUGAAAGUCGCAUGGGGUAACCAUCGAAACGAGGAGGCAACCUGGGAACAAGAAGAUGAUGGAAGAUCCUCCUCUGAUUUUGUGAGGAAAUCGGACGAAACGUCGAGAUUUGAGAACCUUUCCAAGAACGGUAAGGAUGUUAUCGGACUUCUUUCCGACGCUCAUAACUCGUUGUAUGAUUAA